AUGUCAAACGCUAUGAAGAUACUGGAGGGCUUCUUCGACAGUCAGAGAAUUAGACUAUCUUCCGAAGGCUUCCGCUACUCCUCGAUCCCUCCUCAAUUGGUUCGGCGCACGAUAGACUUGCUCAACCGCCUUGAUGACGACUGUGCAUCCAUCUGGCUUCAAUGGAUUCCGAAUUUAGUAGAGGACCCCCAAAACAAUAUAUCUAGCCUGGCAGCCAACCAAGUCAACGAGACACAUCGAACGAGCAUUCCUAGAAUGUCAUACUUUUGCAGCAUCAACAGCCAAGACCCACGCGAGGGUAACCCUUCAAAGGAGGUUGAAGGGUUUGUGUCACUUGUCUACGCAUUGCUGCAUCAGUUCCUUGCUGACAUCUAUUCCUUCCCCCCUGAAGAUGCACCGGGCCAAUCUCGACUGGGCGCUGUGGAGCAGCGCAUCUCGGGCUUGGACGGAACUGCACGAACGUUGCACGAGGCGCUUUCUGCUUUCGAUGGGGCAGCUCACCUUCUGCGCAUGUACAACAUAUGCAUCAUUGAUGGGCUUCACUUGCUUGAAGGGCCGGAUACACAUGAUCAGCUCUGCGAGUUAGUGAGAAUUCUGCGCAAGACAAUCUGGAAGCUUACGUUUACGACGAGCGGAGGAUCUAGCGUUUUGUCGAAGGAGAUGGACCCCGAGGAUUGUGUUAAGGUGGACGAAGAGUGA